GAAACCCGCAUGACAUAGUCUAUACAGUUAGUGGAGCAGAUAUCGACUAUUCUUGUUCAAGGACCAGAAAUUGAGGUCGCACCCUAUUUUAUUAAAGCAACGCUAAAACAUUUCAUUGCGUAACGUAAUCGUCGGAAUCAACAGGAAGAUAUACAACAGACGUUGCUAAGCAGACGUAGCAGACGACGACGCCUUCCGACUUAUUACGAAAUCUGCUGACACACCAACACACACAGCACAAAAAUAAUAUGUCGAAUCCAGUCAACUUGCUUCAAACCGCUAAUAAUGAUUUUAAUUUGUCACAAUCUCCGGCACUGUCAGCUCACACUAUCAGCACCAUUCACGACCAGGAAUGUAGUGGAACCCCACUGAAUACUUCAUGGAGCUGGUUUCUGGACAAGACUGUUCGCGGAGUUUCGGCGGCCGAGUACGAGGCCAAUCUGAAAAAGAUUUACACCUUCUCCAAGGCUGAGACGUUCUGGUCAGUGUACCACAAUAUUCCUUCCGUUGCAGAGAUUCAGAUGAGGUACAGCUACCAUCUGAUGAGGGAAGAAAGACGCCCGCUGUGGGAAGAACCUUACAAUCGUAAUGGGGGCACUUGGAAGAUCAAAUGCUUCAAACCUGAUACCGUGACAGUCUGGAGGGAACUGCUAUUGGCUGCCAUUGGAGAACAAUUCUGUGAUUAUGUGGAACCAGGAGAUGAUAUUUGUGGAGUGUCUGUUUCUGUCAGAGACAGAGAUGAUAUUGUUCAGAUAUGGAAUAUAGACAGCACUAAAGCUGACAAAGCCAGGAUAAUUCAGAAGAUUCAAGAGCUUUGUCCCAAUAUAGAGUUCCAGGCUGUCUUUUACAAGCCACACCAAACUCACCAUGCUUAUGAAGGCGCCAAAUAAUAAUAAUAGACUAUACGCUGCCACGUACGCAUAAAAAUGACGGGAAGAUUCGUCUAAAUAAUUUACACCUGUCAAAAAAUCUAUCUCCUUUUCAUUAGUUCUUGUUUUAUAUUUUGUUUUCAGAGGGAACCAAAUAAGGUCGUUCCCAUUCAGUAGUUGCGUAAUAGGGAUAAUAUUUACCCGCUUUCAGUCGAUCUGUUUUAUCUUCAAAAAGAAAAAAAGAGUAUAAUACUUGUACAUUCAAGAAAACCUGGCCAAAUAUGUGUAAAUACGAAUAAAGUACACGCGAUAAAAACGUCA